GCUUUUAUUAUUAUUGACCACGGUGAUUUUUCUUCAACAUGGCAACAUUCGCAAUGUUAAGUUUCGCUUUCCUAUCGUCAGCAGCUGUGAUAAGAUCAGGAAAGUAAACGGAUCAGUCGUGACUUUUUUUUCCAUCCUGGACAAGAACAAGAAGAAAGAGUAAUAGUAUAGUUGCCACCUGAUCCUGAAACCAUGUCCACUAUGCUGGCGUCUAUAAUGAAGAAGAUAUGUGCGAAUAAUGGCGCUAUGCUGUAUGAUGACUUGCUGUCUGACUUCAGAAGCGGUUUAUGGGACGGCUGGUAUAAUAGCGACUUCGUCGAUCGAGUUCUUGAAGAAAACGAAUCUCUCGUGACUGUUUGGAUGAAUGGUCAGAAAAUGGUCGUAGCCAAAACCGGAGUGAAGCUGUGCAGGGCGAAGGAUUGCAACGGAUGCAUGAAUUUACACCUCUGCAAGUUUUUCCUAUUUGGUGAUUGUCAGUACGGAAGAGGAAGACGAGGAUGCCGUUUCAGUCACAACCUGCAGACGGAGCAAAACGCAAAAGUCCUUCGGAAACAUGGCCUGAAUCAGCUGGACAGGAGCGAGCUCUGUAUCUUACUUCUCCAGAGUGACAACAGCAUCCUACCUCCAGUGUGUCAUUCUUACAACAAUGGCACGGGCAUGUACGGGCGAUGCGAGGAUGGCGAGAGCUGCAAACGGAUGCAUAUUUGCGAGAAGUACCUGAGAGGCCCGUGCCAGUGUUCACGAGCACACGAUUUCUAUGAACCCCAUCCUCUGAAAAUAUUGCAGGACAGAGGCGUUCCCACUGAACUCAUGGCAUCUAUGAAGACUACCUACUCAAACAUCGAGAAUUUAAGGAUAACAGCUAAAGCCAAAGCACCACAAAAUGGUGGGAAAGUUCAAGAGAACAACGGCAAGAGAGGCGCCAGAAAUAACAACUGGCAGAAACGGCCAUCGGUCGAUGCGAGUGCUACAGGUAGUGGAGUCUCCAGGGGAAGAAGAGAGAAAACAGAGAUCUGUAUGUACUUCAUCAAAGGACACUGCAGGAACGGAGAUAAUUGUUUCAAAGAGCACUCCAAGGUGCCAUAUAAAUGGGAGGUGAGGGAUGGACUCAACUGGGCAGCACUUCCUGACAACGAGGGUAUAGAGAAAGAUUACUGUAACCCAGCGAAAACAUACAGCUCUGGAGUCUGCUUCGACACAAUGACCCGUGGCUGUGACAUGGUGCGGCGUCUCUCGACGGUGUCCUCUGUGAUCCAACCCAACUACAUCCUCACCACCAGUUGGGCAUGGUACUGGGAGGAUGAGUACAGCAACUGGAUCCAGUAUGCAUCAGCGGAUGGAGGCCACAAUAGCGCUUCCAUCUCCAGCGAGGAGCUCGAGCAGAAGUUUAACCAGGAUGAAAAAGCAGAGCUUGAGUUCACAGCUGGAUCGCAAACCUACACACUCAGCUUCCAAGAUAUGAUCCAGACUAACAAACGCUACGGGACCAAGAAGAUUGUGAGGCGGCGACCCGUAUUCGUGUCAGCAGCAGAUGCUGAAAUAAGCCGAACGACCAAAUCAGCUCCCAGCAGCCAGAUGAAAUCGCUUCCAAGCCACUGGAACAAAUCCCAGACACCUGAGAUCGGUUACAAGAAAAUACCACUGCAGACUGAUGCCAAUGAAUACUGUGCGAUCGAACGCCUUUUCAAAACCACCAUGCAUGGAUUCAAGAUUAUUCGCAUCGAGAGGAUACAAAACCGAGGCCUUUGGGAAGUGUUUCAGUGGCAGAAAGACCAGAUGAAAAAGAAUAACUCGGGGAAGAACGUCGCAGAAAAACAGCUGUUCCAUGGGACAGACUCUAAACACAUCGAAGCCAUCUGCUACAAUAACUUUGACUGGAGAAUCUGCGGCACUCACGGCACAGCCUACGGGAAAGGGAGUUAUUUUGCCAAGGAUGCGAAAUACUCGCACAACUACACCGGAGACUCCACAACUCGCAGCAUGUUCGUCUGCCGUGUCCUAGUGGGUGACUACACCGUCGGCCACUCCAGCUACACCCGCCCCCCCUCCAAAGAUGGAGGAGACACCAUCUUUUACCACAGCUGUGUGAAUAACGUCCAAAACCCGUCCAUAUUCGUAGUGUUUGAGAAGCAUCAGAUCUAUCCAGAGUAUCUCAUUACGUACAGUGAUGUACAGAGUCAGCCAUCAUCUUCAUAUUACACCACACCCUCAUAUCCUUCUACAGUCAACAGACGAGUUGUUCCUCCUACAACUUCUACAUAUAGGCCCAAUCCUGUGCCUGUAACUCCAGCAUAUCAACCCCAACCUUCUGUGCCUGUAACUCCGAGAUAUCAACCCCAAACUUCUACAUCGUCAUAUUCUUCAUCAUAUUCAUACGCACGGUCUUCAACACCUCAGCCACCCAAACAAGACAACUCCUGCGUUAUCUGCUGAAGCUUUUCACACUGCACUUAACCUCCCCAGGAUUAAUUGUUGACCCCGAGUAAAAAGUAUGAGCAGUGUGAAUCCUAAAACAACACAAACCCAGGAUUCUGUUUAGCCGGAGUUUACCAUCACUCAGGGAACUAGUUCACGUCUGAAAAGCCCUGAAGAUGAUGAGAUUAAAUGUGAAAUUAUAGCCUGUGUUCUAUUACAGAUUUUACCAUGGCCUCCUCCUGCCAUGUGCCCUCAGGGUGGUUCCUGUAAUAGUUGUUCCAGUGCUUUAUUAAGGUUAGGUAACCCUUUAUAGUCCUGAAAGAAUGAAACAAUGUGCCUUGAGGAGUAGAAGGUGUUGUGCUCUGACACAUUUACCUUUUCCUUUAGUUCACAUGUGCCAAUUCUUUAGGGAGCUAAGUGUUUGAUUCAGAGCUAAAUGAUAACAGAUAUAUAGCGUAUUCCUUUAUUUUUUUGUAUUAGAAAUGCAAGGCAGGUAAAGCAGGUAGAUGUUUAGAUAAAGGUUUAAAAGAAAUACAGCCUGGAACGGUUUUAAUGAAGGUAUUGCACAUUUUACUAACAUUUACUUCACUUUAAACUUACCCGAAGUUGAAACUUCUGUUAAUUCAGUUCUAUAACCUGUACUUAAGUUCAAUAAUCUUUCAGUAAAUCAUCUGAACCUCUGUGGAAUGUUUUAUUUUAUUUUUUUCGCGCUGAUAUUGGUACAUGUUCCCAAGUCAGAACCGUUAGUUUUAACCACUUUGAUUACACAAGAAGUUUACUAUGCUGCACCUUGACUAUAACGUUUAAAAGAAUAUUUCAUCAUUUAAAAGAAUGUAUGCCGUGGUCACAAAUAAUGUGUUUUGAGUUUUCAGAUUUGCAAAAAAAAAAAGGGCUUUAUUUGCAUUACUUAAACAUUUAUUUGAGUGUUUUUUCAAUCAAGCCAAAUUUCAUUGUGUAUCAGAUUUAUUUUGUCACACAUAUGUUUAUAUAUCAAAUCAAUCAAAACCUUCCUGGGUAUAUAUUGUACCAUAUCUGCUCAGGUUCCAGAGUAAUAAAUGCAAUUGUAUUCAA